AUGGCGGACCAUGUCCCUGUUCCGCUGGGCCCUGCGAAGCUGGUGCUCCUGGCUGUACACUUUGCGACGAUUGCCGAUAUUGACAGCUUGACUUAUAUAAUAAGUCAUCAUGCCUCAAUCCUACGGCCGGAGCUCGCCCUCCGGAUACUUCUUACAUACCUGCCCGAAACCCUCAGUCCUUCGGUCUAUGCACCUCUCGUACAAAUCAUAGUCACUGCUGAGUCGCCUUCACAAACAGUUUCCGGUCAUCAAGUCGAUUAUUCUCCUGUCGAUAGCUUCUCAGAUGAGCAAGCUUCAAGAAAAGUCAAGAAACUUCAUCUUCUUCCCCUCAAGACCACGGAUGGGCUUUUUGCACAUGAUGCUGAUCCACUCACCUCCUUCUUACUUUUGCGAGCAUAUAGAAUGGAUGAGGAAGCAGGCAUGUUACCUCAAGUCCCCGAAUUACUAUCUCCAUUUCUUCAGCUCUCUCCAGAACUCCACACUUGGAUGGUUUCAACAGUCAUUCCAUUGAUAAGAAGAAACUACGAGUAUUAUCCACAAAGACCUAUCCGGUUUUCACUGCUUGAGUUUCAGAAUCUGCCUGACAGAAUGGCUAUUGACUACCUACUCGCUGAGACUGGUGUUGUGGAAGAGGAGCUCGACCUGGCCGGUCGUGAUCUGGGUGGAUUGGUAGGGCCCUGGUUACAUAAUGACUCGCGUUGGAAACGUGAAGUCUUCAACGAGGAUAUCUCGAGUGACUCUGGCGCUUCCGAGCUGUCAUGUCCCGGAUGGGAGCAGGCCCUCGAGUGGCUCGUCUCUAAAGCUUCAACCUCCUGGCGAGUUGCUUUGAAGGCCGUCGAAUCCUGGGACGGGCCGUCAGAUAUCGAUUUAGGGAUUGACACUGGUUCCUGGCUCCAGGAAGCGCAACAACAAUACCUCGACCGGUCUUACGCCAGGGCCGUUCUGGCUUCGGCUUAUCUUGUUCCUGAAGCCGAUGUGGACGCUCUUGAGGGCGCGUUCAGGAUAUGCAAUAAAAUCAGGUCGCUCUUGGAUGAAGAUUCAGAUACAACGCUCCAAUCAGCAGUACAAAUUCUUGCGCCUGUGUCACCAUUUGACACGGAUUCAUUCGGUGGCAUUAAGGCAGCGACAUAUCUGCGGAACGACCUGUUGCAAAGUUCGAAUCCUUUCACAACCCCAAAGGAGGAAUCUCUUGACCUACUUCCUGCUCUAAUACAAAGUGCUUACCUUCUUACCUACUCCGGUGUUCCUUGUACGGUCCGUAGAGCUGGAGACUUGGCACUUAUUCGAGACCAGCAAGAACAAAAGUCCCAACUAGGGCGACUCAUCCGAAAUCUACCCACACGCGCAUCUGACGACGAUGACUUUUGGAUCAGAGCACGAAAAGAAAUCCUCUGGCUAUACAGUUGGGGAAAUGAACCUAGCUCCACUGGGGACAAGACUUUCCGGGGCAUCUUUGGCAAUGUACCCCUGGAUUUUAUAGAAACAGAAUUGCUGAAGGCUCUGCUUUCGCGGUCACGUUAUACUUUAGCAAGAACUCUUUACGAUCAAGAAGGAGCGGAUGCACCCCUCUCUGCAUCUACCCUGAUCAAUACUAUUCAAAACUCAGCUCUUGGGGCGUUCGACAAUGCGUCGAACCCAAAUCGUACAAGGGGAGGGCUGAAGAAAUGUGACGAGAUCAUCAAAGCUUUUCCAAAAACAAUGACUCAUACUCAUCCAAUCAGACAACGCAUCGAGGCGUUGCUAAGGGCUACCCACGCCUUGAGCGACUAUCGCCUGGUGCUCAAACAGGGCGAACCUUUCAGUCCUGUGGUACUUCGAGUACACUCUGAUCCAAUCUCGAUCAUUGAGAAAGUCCUAGAGCAGAACUCCAAGGCCUACACCCGUCUCCAGGAGUUUGCAGAAUUGGGAAGCAAUAUGGUCAAUGCGAACUUACCAACUUGUGGGAGGUUAGGCAAGCAAUCACCGACAUCUGAUGACCAAGAUGCUGCCCGGUCUAUGGUCGAAAAACGUAUUGUUUCUAUGUGCGUCGAAGCCGCUUUGCGAGAAGAUGACUUUGAAACUGCAUACUCCUACGUGGUCAGUCGCCUUGGUGUAGAUGAAAAGCUACGUGAGAUGCAAUCCUCUAGAAAUUAUGAUGAAUGGUCAUGGAAAGCAGCACUGGAUGCUGGCAAGUAUGUUCGCACAGAGAGAUCACAAAAGCCAACCCAUCUCGGCACGGCAAGUGGAAACCCCGAGAUUCGCCAUCUCGAACAGCGUAUUGAAUGCUUGGCGACGUCUUUACGCAUUGCGCCUCGUUCCCAGCUUCAGGAAGUCCUGAAGACCUUUCGCCGUUGCGAAGAACAAUUGGAUGCUGCAAUAAAGGAGGAGGCUGCCCGAGAAGCUGCCUGGGACGCAGAAGGUGAUUUCUCUGGCGUUCCGGGCUCGUUUGAUUCACCGGAUCCAGACAAGGCUUACCCUCCCCGUAACAUGACUGCCAGUGCAACCGCUCGUCAAGCUGAAGAGGCACCGAUGUCUCUAUUCGAUCUCUCCAGGGCCACGGCAAGAGUCGCAUCAAAAAACCUUACCGUCCUGUCAAACUUGCAAGGUUCUUUGCAGGACUCUUUCACAUCAGAUAAGACAAGCCCAGAAUCCGAGUCAUCCGAAUCCGAGUUGCAUGAGCAGAACAGAACAAGAAAGAGGGAUCAACUUCGAGAAGCUGCAACUGGUACACUGGUUUCGGGCGUAGGGUGGCUCCUCGGAGCGAACCCCAAUCGAUCCGGGUAG